UACGGAUAUUUGGUUACUCCAACUCCGCAAUAGCUUGCUCACUACACACACACACCCGUACGUGUUAACAACAAUCAUGUCUUUCAAAUGUACCUAAUUAUGAGAGCUAAACGGAUCCAUGUGGAUUUAUUUCAGUUGCAACCCGGGAAGAGUAGAGUACAAAUCUGGAGAAGCAUGACAUAAACUAAAUGUUAUAUCAACUUUAUAGACUCAGCACGUUACGCUGCACAGCACAAUUUGUACUGUAGAAAGAGACGCUGAUAAUGUUUACUGCAACUGUGCACCACUACCAACCAACCAAUUUCAGCUGAACAAAUACAAAGAACUGACGACUGCAUAAUUACAUGACGACAGAAAGGAGGGCACUGUUGCUUUAAUAAGAACAUCUGCUUGGAGCAUUUUGAAAGCAGGACUAUAAAGCAGCACGGCCUACUCUCUGUGGCCGGAUUGGUGUACAGCAUCAGUGAAGAGCGGGCUGGAGUGGCCCAUCACGCAGCUUCUGAAAUAAAAGCUUGGCCUGGGAGCGGUGUACAUUCUUGUAAAGGCAGCCUUCCAUUCCGUUAGAGUAAAAUAGCAUCCGGUCAGGACGCACCCACUGUUAUUAAACUCAGCAAUUCUUGGUUAAAAUAUAAAUAUUUGCCUUGUUAAGCUUUCACACCUUUGCUUUUUAAAAUUAAUGUAGAAAUGGGGAACUGAAAGUAUCACCUUGUCAUAAGUCCUCGCUCUCUUUUUGUACAUGGUCUUUUGAAUAUUUUUAUACGGUGACAGGAAAUCCUUGGCGCAUACUCAGUUGCCUGCCUGACUUUGUACUGUUGUGAACUGUCAGUUAUGGGUCCUGAAAUAAAUCCACAGUUGUACAAAGAGAAGGUGUCUGAAUGCAUCAAUUCAGCUGAGAACAAGCUUUCCGCUUUGAACAAAAAGAUCUGGAAUACACCAGAGUUAGCCUUUCAAGAACACGAAGCUCACAAAACUCUGACUCACUUUUUCCAAGAGGUGGAACAGGGGUGGAAGGUGCAAUGCCAUUACAAACUGGACACCGCAUUCCGUGCAGAAUGGGAGAUUGCAGGUAGUGGAGGACCUGAGACGUGUGCUGUGAAUGUGGGGUUCCUGUGUGAAUAUGAUGCUUUGCCUGAGAUCGGACAUGCAUGUGGCCACAACCUCAUUGCAGAAACUGGAGCUGCAGCAGCUCUGGGACUGAAAGGAGCACUACAGUCACUUCCCGCUCCACCUGUAGGAGUAAAGAUUACAGUUUUGGGAACACCAGCAGAAGAAGAUGAAGGUGGUAAAAUUGAUCUUAUUGACGCUGGUGCCUUUGAAAAUCUUGAUGUUGUAUUUAUGGCCCAUCCUGGACAAGAAAAUGCAGCAUAUCUACCAGAUCUUGCUGAGCACGAUGUGACUGUUAAGUAUUAUGGGAAGGCUUCACAUGCAGCAGCUCACCCCUGGGAAGGUGUCAACGCACUGGAUGCCGCUGUGCUUGCGUACAACAAUCUUUCCGUCCUGAGGCAGCAGCUGAAACCAGACUACAGGCUACAUGGCAUAAUAAAACAUGGUGGAGUGAAACCGAAUAUCAUCCCUUCAUACUCAGAAUUACAUUAUUACUUUCGUACUCCAAAGUACAGUGAACUGUGUGUCCUUCGAGAGAAGGUUGAGCAGUGCUUUCGAGCAGCAGCUUUAGCUACAGGAUGUGAGGUAGCCCUACAUUAUGGGAGACAUGAAUACUAUAAUGUUCUUUCCAAUAAGAUUUUGGAAAAUCUUUACAUAGAAAAUGGAAAAAAACUUGGAAUUGAAUUCACAACUGAUGAGAAAAUUCUGAACUCUCCAUCAGGCUCCACAGAUUUUGGAAAUGUGACAUUUGUUGUUCCUGGAAUUCACUCCUAUUUCUACAUUGGCUCACCAGCCUUAAACCACACAAAGGAGUACACUAUUGCAUCAGGUGCAGAUGAAGCUCAGUUCUACACUCUUCGUACAGCAAAGGCCUUGGCUAUGACUGCGCUAGAUGUCAUUUUUAAUGCUGAAGUACUGCAGCAAGUUAAGGAUGAAUUCAGGCGUAUUAAACAAGAAGAGAGUUCAGUUGAAAGUGGGCAACGAUGUGGAUCACGCUCAUUACAUGGGGCAGGAAGUGCUUCAUGCUAAAUUUACAUGACAGUUUUCUAAUUACUUUAUAGAUUUUUAUGCAUUGUUUCCAAAAAUGUGUCUACAAGCAGAGAAACAUUCUUUCUGUACAAGAAGCUGCAAAUUUUACUCUUGAAAUUAGUCACUUAGAUGAUACAGACAAACUAAGAUGACUUCUGGACUCUGUACUGGAAUCAAAUCAGUUUACUACAGAGAUGUCGAAGUGUUCAGUUGUGAUGCAGCUUCCGAACCUUUAUUUCAAGAAAAGGUCCCAGAACCACAGCAUGUACUAAAACACAGUACAACUAUAUUGGAAAGAGCCCAUCUGCAAUAUGACUGAUGUGACUUCUUAUGACUACUGCAUGACAAGUCAUCAUUUCAUGAAACUCUGAAUUUGUUGAUUGUGAAGUAAAAUUGAGAUGGACACCUGAGUUAUUUAGUUUUGUGUUUAAGAUUAGCCAUAAGACAAACAUAUGCAGCUAUAUAAGUAUAUGUAGUAAUUUGUUUCGUGUAUUUUAAGUGGAUCUACUGUCAAUUUUUAGUCUUUCACAGUUCUAGUAGAACUCAUAUUAGUUACAUAAUUUUUGUCAUACACAAGCAUGUCUUUUAAGAGAAAGAAAUUAUUUUGACAUUAAUACGGAGUAGAAAACAAAAUGGCAGAAGGAAAAUAGCAGAAUGAAUGUAUAUUAGUCUGGAAUAAAUUUGUUGGAAAUGUGA